UGCGGUGCGUUAAUGAGCGCGCAAAUGGAAUUCGCUUUAGCGUUACGUUCUACACCAUUUUUCCACUCAAAAGCGGCAGAACACAGCAUUCGUUUGUCAUUCGAUGUCAUUUGGUCGUUGUAACUGGCAAGAAAAAAUCAAAUUCAAAUUUUUUUCCACUCUGGUUCUUGUUUAAAUGUAGACAUCUGAACAUUUGACUAGAAGAAGCGUUGAGUUUUAACUGUUUUUAUCGUUGAAUUUUUAGUGAAAGUGUUUGAUUUUACUUGAAAUUGUUUUUAUAUUUGGAUCAACAGAAAGCAACGCGACUAUAAUGGAUAAUUUCGAAGCAUUGAGCAACAAUGAAUUGCGUGAACAAUUGAAAUCGCAUAAUAUUGGAAAUUUCCCAGUGACGGAUACAACACGAAAUGCAUUGAUUAAAAAACUACGGAACGCACUGAAUGUGCCGACAAAACCAGCCAAAGGUCGACGUGAAACAGUUAACGUUGUAAAACAUUCAUCGGCCGAAGAAUCCGCCGAAUCGGAUGCUGAAUUGAAGAAAAUCAACAAACCGAAGGCGGUUAGCAACCGUCGAGCAACCAUUGCAGCAACCGCUUCAAAGCCAGUCAAUGGCGUUGUAAUCGACAAAGUUCCCGCUAAAGUAGCCCCCGUUCGGUCAAAGUCACCGGGCCGAAAAUCAGUACCACCACCCGAGCCGAUUUCAUACUUUGCUGAUGCGUCUGACGACGAUUUAGUCGCUGCGGCUGAAGAAGCUGAGAAACAAACUCGGCGAAAAACGACUCGCACAUCACCAUCACCAUCGUUGACGAAAAGUUCGGUUGUCACCACGUCAUACAAACACACAAUUCCACCGUUGAUCGAACAAAAUGAUGAUGUUAUAUUGUUGAAUGACAACAGUGACGCUGAAUACAGUUCCGAUUUGCUUGAGAAAAUUCGCAAACCAAGCACACCAACCACCAAAAUCUUUGCAUCGGCUGAUAAUCGUCGUAAAACGUUACAGGUUGGCCCAUCAAUUUCGACGAAUUUUGCCAGUUUCAAGUCAAGCGAAAAGCCAGUCGAAGAUACAACCGGUUUGAAACGUCGCUACACAACAUACGCAUCACCAUUGCAUGAUACACACGGAUUGGAAGAAUCGAAUGAGGACAUUCUCAAAAAGGUUGAAACGCCAUUCUUGAGCGAUUUUACACGACGACUCGCUCAACUAAAAGCCGAACAGUUGCCAGGCACAGAACAAUCAACAACAACAUACGAUUACAAAACACCCAAGUCCACAACAUUAGCUUACUUGAAUGAAUAUCGCUCAUCAGUCUAUGGCAGUAAUCGAGUUGGUGACCGUUUCCGGGACAAAUCAAUCGGUUCACUCAAACAACAGCAACAAUUACAAAAGCCAUCCGCUUGGUCUGCGGUAGAGAAAAAAUUUCGUUGGCCAUUGGUCAUCAUUCUAGCUAUAUUUGUCGCAGUUUUUGUUUAUGUAUUUUUAUUCUCCACCUAUUAAUCCAUAUUCCAAAUGUGAGAUUGUUUGUCAACUCAACGAAAAAAAAAGGAAUUUAUGAUUUUCACACAUUUUCUUUCAUAUAAUAUGAGAUCAACUAUGCGUUUUACAUGUAUUUACAGCUGCCGUCAAUUUUAAUCCAACAACAAGACCAAUAAAAAUAUAGAAUAACACAAAAAAUAUCUCAAAAAGAAAACUUAGAAAUUAGAGAAAAAAAAUCAUGAGAAAUCUUAUUUGAAAUAGGAAAGAAAAUAUGUUAUUUUGUAACUUCCAAAUAUUAUUAUUAUUUUUUAUAUUAAAAUUUGCCCAAAAUUUUCACGUUGAAUAAUUACAAAGUUUCGGAUGUUUACUCGUUCUUAAGGCAAUUUUGUAUUCAUUCAUUUUCAAGAGUUCAAUAAAAAAUGAUCAUAAAAACAAGACCAACAAA